UCCGCGUUGGAAAUUUGUUUUGCAGAUGGUGGUUGUCAGAUUCUGCUGGAUAAACAUCACCGUUGGUGCUUGUUUGAAGUAAUGUUGGACAUUACAGAAGUGCUUUCUUCAAAGGAGGGGAAACUGCGUCACUAGGCUGCAUAAAAGCUUAUUAGUAUUUGUUUUUAUCAGCAGUGCCUGGCUUAUCCAGGACAGAAAGCUAGUGCUAACAGCAGCUAGCUAGCAGGCUAACAAAGCAGGCUUUAAUGAUGAAACACCGUUAACUUGCCUGCAUGUCCAACAGUUAACAGUUUUAGCUGUGUCCGAGCAUAUUUCCUAUUUACAGCCAUUGCCCGUGUAGCGUAAUUGUCGCUAAGCCUGCAACAUGGGUUAGCUAACGCUUCUUGACACUAACAAUAAAACGACUUUCCUCUUGGUGUAUUUAUCACAUUUGCUGUCUGAUAAACCUAACAAACGUCAGUAAACAGAUACAGUUUUGCUCGGUUAUACAGUGUUUGAGUGAGUUUCAUCACGUAUGCACACAUCGUUACAUAUUCCUGAGAAAAAACGUCAGUCAGGGAGUUGAUGCCCCUGGAGGGUUGAUGUUUUGGACUGUCACUGUCACCGGACUCCCCCCUAAUUAAGCCAUGCUAUGAUGGUGCUACGGCGGCUACUGAGGAAGCGAUGGGUGCUGGGAGUAGUCUUCGGACUGUCUCUCAUCUACUUUCUCACCAGCACUCUCAAACAGGAGGAGCGGACCAUUCGGGACCGCACGCUCUUGGAGGUCAGAGAUCCAGACCAUCGCAUCCCAUGGAAAGUACGUUUUAACCUGGGCAACAGCAGCCGGCAGAUCACUCAGUGCAGGAACUCCAUCCAGGGCAAGGCGCUGCUCACAGACGAACUUGGAUACGUGUGUGAGAGAAUAGACUUGCUAGUGAACGGCUGCUGUAACGUCAAUGCGCCCAGCUCCAGGCAGUACAUCUGUAAGAGCUGCCUGGCCAACGGCUGCUGUAGCGUCUAUGAGUAUUGCGUGUCUUGCUGCCUCCAGCCUGAUAAGCAACCUCUCCUUGAGCGCUUCCUGAAUCGUGCAGCUGAAGGUUUCCAGAAUCUCUUCACCGCCGUGGAGGAUCAUUUCGAGCUUUGCCUGGCCAAGUGCAGGACCUCUUCACAAAGUGUUCAACAUGAGAACACUUAUCGAAACCCUCAAGCAAAGUACUGCUACGGAGAGAGUCCUCCAGAGCUCCUUCCUGUCUGAGCAUUUGACUUCCUUCUCAAGUUAAGCAAGUUCAGAGCAUCCCUGUUUGGACACCCCAAGGUGCUUGGAGAAGAGACUCAGCAAAUGAACUGCCGUCUUGGACAAUUUUUGCAUUAUUGGGACAAAGAAAUGGAAACCUCCAAGGCCGACCCCAUAAUGGACAAAUGCUGUAUGUGAUUUGAUUAUUUACACUUCAUAAGUGCAUAGAAUGCUUCAUUCAUUCAUCCGUGAUGAUCAUCAGGUCUACGUAGCAGGCAGCUCCUCCAUCAGGAUUCACUUCAAACCGGUUCAUGUCAUCAAAAUAGCUUUCAUUUUUUUAAAAGUAAGAUCUGGUUCAUGUUUUGUUGAAUCAUAACAACAGCAAAGAAUGUGUCAUUACUUUUGUGUGUAGUGCAUGCAUAUGAAACUGCUAUUUAAUAAAAGUGACUGUGAAA